AUGUUUGCGAAUGAAACUCUCAAAGUCCUUAAUCACUAUCGCGCGAAAAGAUACAGCUCAAACCUCACUCCAGUGCAAAAAUGUGGUAUGCGAGAGGUACGAGAGCUGAUAAAGUUGAAAACCAUAAGACUAUCCGUUAGUGAUAAGGGUGGUGAGUUUGUCGUGAUUCCUCAUCAGUUAGAUGUGGAGAUAACGAAAACGCAUCUUGAAGAUGCUUUGCUUUAUCGCCCAUCAUCUGAGAACGAAUUUAAAAGAAAAUACCGAAAAUUGAACCACGAAUGGGCCAAAAUGGCAAGGGCUGCUGGUUUAAAACCAUCAGUUAUCUCUCAACUUAAAGUUGACUUACCAACAUGCCCCGUCUUGUAUUUACUUAUAAAAACUCAUAAGUUAGUAUCCAGCGAUGAUCUUGCGUCUACCGACAUCACUAUUUAA